UCUUUCAUUCAUUUUCUUGUGGGGAGGAGAGGACAAGAGGGAAAGAAGAGAGAAGUGAAAAUUAUUUAAAGAAAAAAAAAAUUUCAGUUCAUCUCAAUACAUCAUAUUUUUAAUUAAUUUUAUAUUUAAAUUUAAUACAUUUAUCCGUUGAGGAAAUUUCUAAACUUAUUUUGAAAAUUUAUGAAUUAAUAUGGUUAAUUUAAAACCUUAAAAAUCAAACGUAUCUAUCCUUGAAAACUCGUACCAAAACUAUAUUUUUCCCUUUUAAAAAUAUUAUACAAAUCUUUAUAUUUACUUCUUCCCUCCAAAAUUCUGUUCUAUCCUUAAAGUAACCAUUGAACAUGCUGUGGAACAAAAAUGUCCUGAUUUGUGAAAUAUACCCUUCCAAUGGAGUUCAAAUCAAGAACCAGGAUACAUAAAAGGAUCUGCCUUGGGAAUUCACCCCUUAAACCCUAAUGCAUAGAACAGAAAUUCUACAACAAGAUUUGAAAUCGCUGGCGUUGAUCUACCGUUUCAAUCUCUAAUGAUUUAUAGAAAUAAUUUAAGUUUCCUUUUGAAUUUUUACUUAUGUAUCGCUUUGGGCGAGGCAUUCGCCUUCUUAGUUCAGCUUCAACAGGUAAAAGGAUCAACUGGGAUCCAACUGUGGACCUUAAACUCAAUCACCCAUCUCUUAUUUUGCUUGAAAAAUGCAAUUCAAGAACCCAAUUCAAACAGAUUUUAGGACAUAUGAUGAGAAACAAUUUGGUGGGUCAAACAUUUCCCAUGAGUAGGCUUCUCUUUUUCUCUGCUGUUUCACAUCCUGAGAAUCUGGAAUUGGCUAUUCUGUUGUUUAAUCACUUUACUCCUUAUCCAAAUCUUUAUAUAUUCAACACAAUGAUCUUAGGGUUUUCUUUUUCAACUGAGAAGGCCUUUACCAUUUAUAGUUCUAUGCUCCAAAAUGGCACUUACCCAGAUAGGCAAACAUUUCUUUACCUUCUUCAGACUACAAAAUUUGUUGCUGAAGUGAAACAGAUUCAUUGUCAUGCAUUGGUUGUUGGUUUUCUGUCAAAGGAAGAAUACUUGCAAAACUCACUAGUCAAGAGGUAUAUAGACAAUGGAUGUUUUGGUUCUGCUCGCCAAUUGUUUGACGAAAUGUCGGGUCGGGAUAUUGUCUCUUACAAUAUCAUGAUUGUUGGAUUAGCUAAGAUGGGAGACAUUUUGGGAGUUUUGGAAUUAUUCCAUGAUUUGGGGUCUCAUGAUCUUGAGCCUGAUGAUAUCACCAUGUUAGGCCUUCUCUUGUUAUGUGGGCAGUUGGGUGAGGCAAAGUUGGGAAAAUCUGUUCAUGCACAGAUUGAGAAGUCCAAUGGUUCUUCAAAUUUGAUACUAUAUAAUGCCCUUUUGGACAUGUAUGUGAAGUGCAAUGAAAUUAAGCUUGCUCGAAAAGUCUUCGACAGGCCAAUGGAGAAGGACACCGUUUCCUGGAAUACGAUAAUUGCAGGAUAUGCCAAGAUAGGUGAAUUGGAACUUGCUUGUGAGGUUUUUAAUCAGAUUCCUACAAAAGAUAUUGUCUCCUGGAACUCUUUAAUUUCUGGUUAUGCAGAGAACGGUGCUUAUGUGAUGGUCAAAAGCUUAUUUACUCGUAUGUUUGCAGAGAAUGUUAAACCCGACAUGGUCACUAUGGUUAUCUUGAUCUCUGCAGUAGCAGAAAUGGGAGCUUUAGAUCAGGGGAGAUGGAUCCAUGGAUUAGCAGUGAAAAUGCAGACAAAAAUAGAUGCAUUUUCGGGUUCGGCAUUAAUUGACAUGUACUGCAAGUGUGGAAGCAUCGAAAGAGCUUUUGUUGUUUUCAAUCAAAUUUCUGAAAAAGAUGUCACAACAUGGACAACAAUGAUCACUGGAUUUGCCUUUCAUGGAUAUGGAAAGAAAAGUUUGGAACUAUUCUCCAAUAUGCAGACCGAAACAAAGCCUAAUGAUGUGACUUUUGUUUCAGUUCUCGCAGCGUGUAGCCACAGUGGAUUAGUUGAUGAAGGGCUCAAAAUAUUUAGCAGCAUGAGGAAAAGAUACAGUAUUGAACCAGGAGUCGAACAUUAUGGAUGUUUGGUUGAUCUGUUGUGUCGGUCGGGGAGGUUGUUGGAUGCCAUUGAUGUGAUAGAAAAGAUGCCUAUGGAACCCAGUCAGUCUAUUUGGGGUGCAGUAUUGAGUGCAUGUAGGAUGCACAGGAAUAUGGAACUAGCAGAGAGAGCUUUAAUGGAGCUGCUCAAGUUAGAGCCUGAAGAAGAGAGCGGAUAUGUUUUGUUAUCUAACGUGUAUGCGACGUGUGGGAGGUGGGGCUAUUCGGACAGCAUUAGAGAACUGAUGAACAGCAGGGGAGUGAAAAAGAUUGCAGGCUGUAGUAGUGUGGUGGUGGAUGGUAUGGUCCAUGAUUUUACAGCUGCAAAUAAACAGCAUCGAAGAUGGAUGGACAUUUGCUCUAUGUUAAGCUUUCUAACAAGUGAAAUGAGGUUGGAAGCUAAUGUUCCAUCACAAGCAAACUUGGCUACAAGUUGAAAUAACGUCAAAAGGUUUCGAGAGCUCAGUUUGAAUAUCGGUCUUAGCUUGAAUUCAUUCUUUGGGUCAGUGAAGGAAGUAGGUAUGGUUACUAUAAGAACUAUGGCUCUUUACUAUUUACAAUACCUCAAUACCCUUUUUUGCCAUCCUUUUCCAUAAACAACCAACCUCCUCUAACUCAAUUUUUAAAAGAAAUUUCAUGGUUAGUAUACUACUGCGCUCCAAAGCCUUACUUUUUAUAGAGUUGUUUGCAGCUCGUGUCAUGUCACUUAGAUUUGAACUUUCUCGUGACUCGCACUUUCACCAUAGAAAGAUCGUGUUGCUAGGCAAUCUUUUAUGGUUAUUCUACAAAAGAGGGUUACUAAGGAUGAUGAUAGUUGCAAGAAAUGGGGAUAGCCUUCUCAAUCUUUAUAGUUUCAAGCAUAAAAUGUGUCUUUUUAGCCAUAUUAGUGAAAGAGACAUAGUUUGAUGUGUGCUUGGACGAAGUAUGGAUCAAACUUUGUGUUCAAUUUAAAAUUACAAUACUAAUGUAAAUUCUUACCUUUUGGAAUACAGGU